UAGAAAUGAAAAGAAAAGAAAGAAUCGCCAGGCGCCUCGAAGGAAUUGAAAAUGACGCCCAGCCCGUCCUCUUGCAGAGCUGCACAGGGUUGGUGACUCAUCGGCUGCUGGAGGAAGACACGCCUCGGUACAUGCGAGCCACCGACCCGGCCAGCCCCCACAUUGGCCGCUCAAAUGAGGAGGAGGAAACUUCCGAUUCUGCCUUAGAAAAGCGAGCUCGACCCAAGCUCCGCGGGGACAGCUCGGGCGUCGGCGCCGACCCGCCCUGCGGCCCCGCGGCCAUGGACACCCACGGCGCGGGCGCCAAAGCCGAACGCAUCGCCAGGUACAAGGCGGAGAGGCGGCGGCAGCUGGCGGAGAAAUACGGGCUGACGCUGGAGCCCGAAGCGGACCCGGAGCACCUGUCGCGCUACACCAGGUGCAGGAGGGACCCCGGCGCGGCCGAGAAGCGCGCGGGGAAAAGCGACAAACCGGCAGAGCCCGGCAAAGACUCGAGCGCGCCGUACCCGGGGACGGAGACCGUGGGGCUGCGCACCUGUGCAGGUGAGUCCGAGGACUGCGCCCGGCACGCGCGCGACGGCGUUUCCGAGCAAGAGGUGCUGCUGAACGUGGAAAACCAAAGACGGGGCCAGGAGCCCAGCGCCACCCGGCCGGCCCAGGACCGGCCCCCGGCAGCCGAGAGUCCCUCGACCUUCUCGUUCUCCGGGCGAGACUCCUCCUUCACUGAAGUGCCAAGGCCCCCGGAGCAGGUGCACAGCUCCUCGCUGCAGCCGCCGGCGCCCCGGAGCCCCUCUGCUGGCGACCCGCCCGGCCCCGCCGAGGCCCGGCCCAGUAUUACGGGGAAACCCAAACAUGAGUGGUUUCUCCAGAAAGAUUCCGAAGGGGACACACCUUCUCUUAUCAACUGGCCUUCCAGAGUUAAGGUUAGAGAAAAAUUGGUGAAAGAGGAGAGUGCUCGCGACAGCCCCGACCUCGCCUCAGAGCCCUUAACUCAGAGGAGACAGCAGCCGGCGCCGGCGCACUACCUGUCCUUUCAGUCGGAACACUCGGCCUUCGAUCGGGUCGCCAGCAAGGCGGCGAGCUCUGCACGACAGCCGAGCCGCGGCCACGUCCAGCCAGCCGACCCUGGUCACGCCGCCAAGCUGGCGACGGCGGAAAGCCCAGAAGACGUAUCCGAGUGCAGCUGGGUGGGAUCAGCCCCCCAGAACAUCGCAGAACCUCCCGCCUGGAAGGUGGCAGAAGGUGAGAGAAGGGACGCGCCAGCUCUGCGUGUCCGUGAACCCAGAGCAGAGGGAGAUGUGCUCUUCGCUGAAGCUCCUGAGAAAAGUGGGAAAGCCCUUUCGGCUUUGCAGGAGGAUGGGUUUGCAAGAAGCCACGAAGACCCUUCUGGAAAGGAGGACUUUGGUCAGCCGGCUGUUAGCACAGUCCCCUUAGAACGUCAGAAGGAACGAGAAAGCGCGUCGCAGCCAGCCCGGGCUCAGCAGCAGCCCGCAGAGAGAAUGGGCAGGAGCGAAAUGGUGUUGUACGUGCAGAACGAGCCCGUGUCCCAGGGAGCCACGCUGACCACCGGUCACAGAAAGAAGCACAAGGUCCUCACGCGCUCACUGUCUGACUACACGGGGCCCCCUCAGCUCCAGGCCCCGCCGCGCAAUGACCCCGCGUCCACACCGAAGCUGGAGCCGCAGGGCUCCAAGGCUGAAGGGCCGUCUGGGGACGUCGGCGUGCCGGACACAAAGGUCUCUGUCGCCCAGCUGCGAAGUAUGUUUCUGGAGUCCGCCAACGCCUGCAAGAGACCUGAACUCCAAUCGCGGGUGCAGAGGCCGCCCGGCGGAGCUGGCAGUGUGGACCGGGAAAGGGGGUCCCGGAGACCACGGCGCUAUUUCUCUCCUGGCGAAAGUAGAAAAACUUCUGAGAGAUUUAGAACUCAACCUAUAACCUCAGCAGAACGAAAGGAAUCGGAUAGGUGUACUUCGCAUUCAGAAAUGCCAACCGUGGACGAUGAGGAAAAGGUGGAUGAACGAGCCAAGCUGAGUGUCGCUGCCAAGAGGCUGCUUUUCAGGGAAAUGGAAAAAUCCUUUGAUGAACAAAACGUUCCAAAGCGACGCUCGAGAAACGCAGCCGUGGAGCAGAGGCUGCGCCGUCUGCAGGACAGGUCCCUCACCCAGCCCAUCACCACCGAGGAGGUGGUCAUCGCAGCCACAUUACAGGCAUCUGCUCACCAAAAGGCUUCAGCCAGAGACCAGACGAAUGAGGUCAGAGAUUCCGCUGAACCAGGAGAACCUGAUUCCUCCACUCUGAGCUUAGCAGAGAAGUUGGCCUUGUUUAACAAAUUGUCCCAGCCGGUCUCAAAAGCUAUUUCUACCCGAAACAGAAUAGACGUGAGACAGAGGAGAAUGAACGCCCGCUACCAGACGCAGCCGGUCACCCUUGGAGAGGUGGAACAGGUGCAAAGUGGGAAGCUCAUUCCUUUCUCACCUACCGUUAGCACAUCUGUGUCCACGGUGGCAUCUGCGGUCGCUCCAAUGUAUGCAGGGGAUCUUCGGACAAAGCCACCCCUUGAUGACAAUACAAGUGCCACUGACUAUAAGUUUCCUUCUUCACUAGAAAAUUCAGACUCUCCAGUUAGAAGCAUUCUCAAAUCACAAGUUUGGCAGCCUUUGGUAGAGGAUGGUGGAAACAAAGGGACGUUGAGAGAAUUUGGAGAGACAGAAGGCAGGAGAGCUUUGGCAGGUGGAGACGGUGGUGUGAAGAAGUACGGGUCCCUGGAGGAGGCAGAGCCAACCCGCCCCGUCUUUAGCAGAGUCAGGGAAGGAGACGUCCACAAGGAGCCUAGAUGUGCUGUUCCAAGGAAAGGGAGCCUGGAGCUGGCUCACCCUCCCAGCGCCCACCUUGCCCACGAGCUGGAAGGAUUUUCCACUGUGAAAACUAAUGCACAAGGGAGCUCGGACUUGAAGGACAGGCAGCCCUUUGAAGAGAAGGUGGACGUGGAGAAUGGCAUAAAAAGGAAGUUUUCUCUGAGAGAGUUCGGGGAGCCCGCUUCCGAGCAGAAGGGGACAGCUGCUGGGAAAGCCGUCGCUCAGACUGCAACCCCCAUGUCCUGGAGGCAGCAGGAUUCUCCAGAACAAGGGCAGGAGAAGCACUACAAGAAUCCGUGCGCGAUGUUUGCUGCUGGAGAGAUCAAAGCUCCCACGGGGGAGAGCAUCCUUGAUUCGCCCAGCAAAACCAUGUCCAUUAAAGAAAGGCUGGCACUGCUGAAGAAGAGCGGGGAGGAAGACUGGAGGAACAGACUCAGCAGGAAGCAGGAGUGCGGCAAGGCGUCGGCCACCAGCAGCCUGCACACCCAGGAAGCGGGGCAGUCGCUCACCAAGAAGGAAGAAGGAGGAUUUACGGAUGAUAAUGCCAUUUCUAAUCUGCUUUGGCGGGUCACAGAAAGUCGAGAGAGCCAGAUGACCAUUGAGGAGAGGAAGCAUCUGAUCACUGUGAGAGAGGAAGCUUGGAAAACCAAAGGCCGGGGCGCAGCCAACGACUCCACCCAGUUUACCGUGGCUGGCAGGAUGGUGAAGAAAGGUUUGGCGUCACCCACUGCCAUAACCCCGGUGGCAUCUCCCAUUGGCAGCAAAACGAGGGGGACUACACCGGUCUCCAAACCCCUAGAAGAUAUUGAAGCCAGACCAGAUAUGCAGCUGGAGUCGGACCUCAAGUUGGACAGGCUAGAAACCUUCCUGAGACGGCUCAACAACAAAGUUGGUGGGCUGCAGGAGACGGUCCUCACUGUCACCGGCAAAUCUGUCAAAGAGGUGAUGAAGCUGGAUGAUGACGAAACCUUUGCCAGGUUUUACCGCAGCGUGGACUACAACAUACCGAGAAGCCCCGUGGAGCUAGACGAGGACUUCGAUGCGAUUUUUGAUCCCGAUGCACCCAAACUGACGUCUUCCGUGGCCGAGCACAAGCGCGCGGUGAGGCCCAAGCGCCGGGUGCAGGCUUCGAGAAACCCCCUGAAGAUGCUGGCGGCGAGAGAAGAUCUCCUGCAGGAGUACACCGAGCAGAGGCUGAACGUCGCCCUCAUGGAGUCGAAGCGGAUGAGAGUGGAGAAGAUGUCCUCCAAUUCCAACUUCUCGGAAGCCACUCUGGCAGGCUUAGCCAGUAAAGAGAACUUCAGCAACGUCAGCCUGCGGAGCGCCAGCCUGACGGAGCAGAGCUCCAACAACAGCGCAGUGCCCUACAGGAAGCUGAUGCUGCUACAGAUCAAAGGAAGAAGACACGUGCAGACCAGGCUGGUGGAACCCCGCGCCUCGUCGCUCAACAGCGGGGACUGCUUCCUCCUGCUCUCCCCCCACCACUGCUUCCUGUGGACAGGAGAGUUCGCAAACGUCAUAGAGAAGGCGAAGGCCUCUGAACUUGCAACUUUAAUUCAGACGAAGAGGGAACUUGGCUGUAGAGCUACUUAUAUCCAGACCAUCGAAGAAGGGAUUAAUACACACACUCAUGCAGCCAAAGACUUCUGGAAGCUCCUGGGGGGCCAGACCAGUUACCAAUCUGCUGGAGACCCAAAAGAAGAUGAGCUAUAUGAAACAGCCAUAAUAGAAACAAACUGCAUUUACCGUCUCAUGGAUGACAAGCUUGUUCCCGACGACGACUACUGGGGGAAAAUCCCCAAGUGCUCCCUCCUGCAGCCAAAAGAGGAUGUCGAGGUGCAGCCACAGUUACACACCCAGCACCUGCUAAAACACAAGGAGUCUGAAACUGCUGAGCCCAGUUCCAACAGAAAAGGACAGGGGCGGCCGGAUUGGGCCAUAUUUGGGAGACUUACUGAGCACAAUGAGACUAUUUUAUUCAAAGAGAAGUUUCUGGAUUGGACUGAACUGAAGAGACCUAGUGAGAAGAACGCCGGGGAACUCGCCCAGCAGAAGGAAGACCCCAGGGCCGAUGUCAAACCCUACGACGUGACGCGGAUGGUGCCCCUGCCCCAGACGACGGCGGGCACCGUCCUGGAUGGCGUGAACGUGGGCCGCGGCUACGGCCUGGUGGAGGGGCCGGACGGGAGGCAGUUCGAGAUCUCCAGCGUCUCCGUGGACGUCUGGCACAUCCUCGAGUUCGACUACAGCAGGCUCCCCAAACAGAGCACCGGGCAGUUCCACGAGGGGGACGCCUACGUGGUCAAGUGGAAGUACGUGGUGAGCACCGCAGUGGGGAGCCGGCAGAAGGCAGAGCACUGCGCCAGGGUGACCGGCAAGGAGAAGUGCGUCUACUUCUUCUGGCAGGGCCGCCACUCGACCGUGAGCGAGAAGGGAACGUCGGCGCUGAUGACGGUGGAGCUGGACGAGGAAAGGGGCGCCCAGGUCCAGGUUCUCCAGGGCAAGGAGCCCCCCUGUUUUCUGCAGUGUUUCCAGGGGGGCAUGGUGGUGCACUCCGGGAGGCGGGAAGAGGAAGAAGAAAAUGCGCAAAGUGAGUGGAGGCUGUACUGUGUGCGAGGAGAAGUCCCCGUGGAAGGGAAUUUGCUGGAGGUGGCCUGUCACUGUAGCAGCCUGAGGUCCAGGACUUCCAUGGUGGUUCUCAACAUAAAUAAGGCCCUCAUUUACCUGUGGCACGGAUGCAAAGCCCAGGCCCACACGAAGGAGGUCGGCAGGAUGGCGGCAAAUAAAAUCAAGGAACAGUGCCCGCUGGAAGCAGGUCUGCACAGCAGCAGCAAAGUGACAAUACACGAGUGUGACGAAGGCUCCGAGCCCCUGGGAUUCUGGGAUGCCUUAGGAAGGAGAGACAGGAAGGCCUAUGACUGCAUGCUUCAAGGUUCCAUCACAGCGCUUUUUCUCGUUGACAAUCACCAUGAGGUGUACCUCUGGCAAGGCUGGUGGCCCAUCGAGAACAAGAUCACCGGUUCCGCCCGCAUUCGCUGGGCCUCCGACCGGAAGAGCGCCAUGGAGACAGUGCUCCAGUACUGCAAAGGGAAAAAUCUCAAGAAGCCACCCCCCAAGUCUUACCUUAUCCAUGCUGGUCUGGAGCCCCUGACGUUUACCAAUAUGUUUCCCAGCUGGGAGCACAGAGAGGACAUCGCUGAGAUCACAGAAAUGGUGAGCGUGUUGCCUGGUCUAUGA